ACCCGACAAGUGAAUUUAUGUCCACCGUUUAACUUGAGGCGUACCCUGGAGGCCCUGCUGAAAUGUGACUGAAACAAACAGCAACAGACUCAGAAGAAAACAAGGCAACGACAUCUUCACCGUGCUGGAGAAACGUCAACUUUCUAAACAAGCUGUAAACGAGACUUAGAGAAUGAUCGGGAAGAUUCUUUCUCAUCUGCUUGGGAAUGCUGGAGAGGAGUCUGAAGCAGUAGGUGGCGCCAGUGAGGAGCUCCUGGAGUUUGAAGAGGAGGAAUGGGUCAUUGUUAACAUCCCAGGAAGUGGACCCCUGCCGGCCCCUGAUGCGGACCCUCUGGAGAACCUGCUGAUAGAGCAUCCCAGCAUGUCUGUCUACCAGAUAAGGAUGCAGGGAGCAGAGGAGGAGGAGGAGGAGCUAGCCUCAGAUGAUGAUGAAGAGGAAACCUCUAGGCCGCUGGCUGUGAGGCGGCACAUCUCCUGGCAUCUGGCCGCCUGGGGGAAUCCUUUGCCAUGUGGCCUCCAGCUGCAGGCCAUGCAGAGAGCCAGGAGCCAGGCCCAGAGAAAGAAGCUGAGUCGCAGCGCCCUCCACAGGCACAACAUGACUAAGACACAGUUCUCACCAAAGGACAAAGGAUAUGGCAACAUAAGGCGUCCUUCCCCGCGCCUCUACAACUACUGACAUGCAGGGAUCAACCUAGACAGGAUGCAUGAGAUGCCCUGACCUCCAAUCAUCAGCUCAGUAUGGCUCUGAAUUACUCAGGUUCUCUGUCAUGAAUCCACUCUGCAUUCGCCUCAUAACUGCAUAGGAAGACAUUUAAGGUCCUCUGCCUCAAAGAUGAAGCCAUGAGAGUUUGCUGUAAGGAGCUGUGAACUGCUGCCAUCAGGUCUAUUAACUAGUGACCUCAGCCUCAACACAUGUAGUUCGAAUGGAUCUUUAGAAAGUUACUUUUUCAUAAAGUUGUAAAAAUGUCAACUGUCUUGAUUAUGGACAAGUGUGUUAUGUGUGUGUUUGAGAAGUUAUUUGUAUAAUUAACGAUUGGAGCUUGUGACAAUGUUCCAAACAUGAAAAGGUGAAAUCUGUAGAAAGUUUGUUCAGAAAUGAAACAUUUCAGAUUUAUUAUGCAUUGCAGUGGCUUGUUCUUUGAUAGUGUGUUCAUUUUCUAAGUGUAUUGACCUGUACAGUAUUCAUGUAAAGAAAAACAACAUAAAAAUUAAUAAAUGAUUUGAUAUUUUUUA